AUGAAGACUCUACAAAUCUCAUCCGCUCUUGCUCUUGCUUAUGCAGGCUUGACAUCUGCCUAUCCCAGCAUCCUUGCCGAGCUCGAAGCACAGAAGAAAGCAUCUCCCAGUUUGAAGGAGAGAGCCGUUGGCAUCUUUGAUGCUGCUUCCCAAAAGGUCGAUGUCUCUGGCGCCCACGCCUUUAACCCUCCUGGUGCUGGUGACCAGCGCGGUCCUUGCCCGGGUCUGAACGCCCUUGCAAACCACGGUUACUUGCCUCACAACGGUGUUGGCACAAUUGACCAGUUCAUCACAUCUACCGGACAGGUCUUUGGUAUGGGAGUUGAUCUUGCUACCAUCCUUGCUGUCUACGGAGCUGCAAUCGAUGGCAACAUCCUGUCAUGGAGCAUCGGUGGACCUACACCAAAUGUACCUUCCAUCAACCUUCUUGGACAGCCCCAAGGUAUCAGCGGCUCUCACAACAAGUACGAGGGUGAUGCAUCCCCGACCAGAGGUGAUCUGUACGUUGACGGUCAAGAUUACCUCUUGAAGAUGGAGAACUUCCAAGCUCUGUACGACGCCGGCAAGGCAGACGACAACUACGAUCUCCAACUGUUGACCGACAGAAGAGCUGCACGCUUCCAGGAGAACAUCGAGGGCAACCCUUACUUCUUCAACGCCCCCUUCUCUGGUGUAGUGGCUCAACCUGCAGCGUGGAGCUUCAUCUACCGAUUCAUGGGCAACAAGUCUGCUGAAUACCCUGCCGGCAAGCUGAACGGCGAGGUGCUCAAGUCAUUCUACGCCAUCACUGGUGAUGACGGCAACUUCACGUACACUCCCGGUUACGAGCGCAUCCCUGAGAACUGGUACACUCGCAACCAGCUUGAUCCUUACGAUGUUCUGUUCCUUAACCAGGACACAACCUUCCAACUGCUCCAGCACCUCGAGUUUGCCAGCAUCGGUGGCAACACUGGUACACCCAACAGCUUCGUCGGUGUCGACCCCGAGCUAUUGACCGAUGGUGUCUUCAACGCCCAGACCCUGCUUCAAGGCAACAACCUCAUGUGCUACGGCCUGCAGCUCGCCGUCCAGGAACUUCCUGACAUCCUCUCCGGCCUCGUCACCAACCUUGGUGCUGCACUCAACCAAGUCAGCUCUGCCUUCGGCAAUGCUACCGAGAAGCUUGGCUGCCCUGAGCUCACCAAGAUCAACCAAGAUCAGUUCAACAAGUACCCUGGUUACACCAAGCUGAAGUCUGACGGAACAUACUAA